AUGAGGACCACUUCAUUGUUCGGGCCGGCGACUGGCUGGCCCUCGCUUCUGGCCCUGCUCCCGACCAUCAACGCCCUGUCAUUCGAGGCAGUCUCCGUUCCGGAAUUGGACCUGUCAUCGCUGGGACGGGUUUCGAUCACCGGUGAUUUUGACGGCGUCUCCCUCUACCAGUACAAGGAACAGUCCAAACCGGUCGCCCAGGAUGGCACCCAAGCCCUCCUCACCCCGCUCCCGAACGGCAUCCUCGCGAACCUAUCCUCGUCCGACGCGCAAAUCCGGGCCAUGUGCCCCUUCACUCAGAAAGACGGCACUUUCUCCGGAAUCUUUGUCGGCGGUAACUUCACCACACUGAGCGGCGUGGAUUCGCCCGGUGCCGCGCUCUUCAAUCCCAACACCACCAAGGUCACUGCCUUGCCGGGUCUUUCGGGCUCGGUAGCAGCACUGGCCUGCGACCAAGAGACUAACCGGGUCUACGUGGGAGGUGAUUUCUCUUACGACAACACGACAAACGCCGUUGCUUGGACACCCGAUGACGGCUGGACGGACCUAUCGUUCAACGGAUUGAAUGGACCGGUCAACUCGAUCCUGAAGGCGGACAACGGUCACAUCAUUUUCGGAGGAUCAUUCGAUGCUCUUGGAAACAGCACCAGUUCCAAGAACAAGAGACAAGUGCUCAACCUUCAGAACGCGACCGUUACUUCCGACUCCGACUCCUCCCUUGAUGGCUACUCCGACCCCCGCAACAUCAUUUGUUCGACAAGCGGCAAGGCCGCCAAAGGCAGCACCUACCUUUUGCACGACUAUGCGCCUGGAUUUUGGAGAGCGGACCUUGGUUUCGAUUUCUUCCCGACCAAAAUCCGCCUGUACAACACCCACAUGGAUGGACGCGGCACCAAGGAUUUCCUGCUGCGAGCCCUUCCUGACAAUGGUAUCAUGAACCUGACCUACACCGAUGAAUCUGGCAACAAAGCCAGCUGUGACGCGUCUUGCCCGCUGUCCAGCAGUACCUCCGAAAAGUAUCGCGAAUUCACCAUGGUCAACCCUGUUGGUAUGCGAGGCCUUCAGAUCGAGGUCCUAGAUUGGUAUGGAAAGGGGGCUGGUUUGAACGGCAUCGAAGUUUUCCAGGAUCAGAUCCUUACAUACGCUAUUGACCAGUACAAUGAACCGACUUGCGCAGGCAUUGAAUAUCCCGCCAAGUCAUCGCGGACUGGUGACUGGACCGUUGAGGAUGGCUAUGUGUCUGCAAAGGUGACGGACUCCGACGCCUCAGGUACAUCGGUGACCUUCCAGCCUGAUAUCAAAAAAUCCGGAAACUACACCAUCAAGCUUUACACCCCUGGGUGCACGCAGGAUAACACUUGUAGCUCGCGGGGUAUCGUCAACGUCACCGCUUCUCUGUCGAGCGGCUCCGAUUCCGAUCAGCCCGAGCCGUCGUACUUCCACCAGACCAACAAUGAUGACAAGUACGAUACGUUCUACACGGGUUAUGUGGAUGCCAGCGACGAUUCUUUCCGACCGGAGGUGACGUUGCGGGCCAAGGACGGCCAAGGCGAUAUCACCAUUGUUGCAUCCCGUGUGCGUUUCGAAUUAUUGUCCACCACCGGAGGCCUCAAUGGUCUCUAUGAUUAUGACCCAACUUCCAAGUCCGACACCGAAGAUGUCACAAAGUCAGACAUUAACACCGCGGGUACAUCCCUCAACCACAACGCGUCAAUUUCCAGCAUCCAGGAACACGAUGGCGUGCUUUACGUGGCAGGCAAUUUCUCCGACAACAAGCUCCACAACAUCAUGACAAUCACGGACGGGAAUGCCACUGCCCUGUCCGGUGCUGGGUUCAACUCCCCAGUCUUGGCGAUGGCAGAGCUUGACAACGUCCUCUACGCCGGAGGUCGCUUUACUGACACUUCAGAUGGAGGCGCUGACGGUUUGAAACGUGUUGCGGCAUACUCGUUCUCCUCGAAGAAGUGGUCCGCUCUCGGCGCAGGACUGAACGGACCCGUCAGCUCCAUCUGGCCCGUCAAAUUGAAUGCUUCAGCCGCCAUCAAUGAAACACUUGUUGCCGUGAGCGGUGAAUUCGACCAGAUUCUUGGUACUGACGACAACCCGGCCGUCUCAGUUGCUGGCCUUGCUAUCUGGGUUCCUUCACGCAAGGACUGGAUUCAAAACCUCAAUGUCACGCAGAUGGAGUUUGGAGGCCAAUUGUCGGCCUUUGCCAGUCACAAUGGCACGCUGAUUCUGGCUGGUAACAUUGCCACUAACGGUGUUACUGCUGGUGGAGCUGUUUCAUUGCUGAAUUCUGGUGAUUCACUUCUCCCCCUGUCCAUGAAGAUCAACCACAAAAACUCUAGCAGCGGCUUGAUCACCGGGGCAUAUGACACUGAUUCGGACCGAAACCUCACUAUCUACGGCGGCCAUUUCACCGCCGCCGGUAGCAAUGGUUCCUCUGUUGAAAACAUUGCCAUUUUCAACGGCAGCGAUAACACCAUCUCGGGAUUGCCCCAAGGUUUUGACAAGAACUCCACUUUCGUUUCCAUGCUUGUGUUCAACAACACCCUCUACGCUGGUGGAAGGGUUACUGGAAACAUCAGCGAUACCUCGCUGGGUGGCUUAAUCGCGUAUGAUGUCGCCGACAAUGUGUGGGAAGAGAACCAGCCGUCGUUUGGAGGCGAAAACGUCACCGUCAACUCCAUUUCGAGACAGCCGGGUUCGUCGAACAUCUUCUUCGGUGGCAACUUCGAUACUGUCGGCCAGUUCCCCUGCCCCUCUGUCUGCUACGUUGAUUCUCGCCACAACUCGUGGAAACGGCCUGGCCUGGCUCUUAGCGGUAACGUCUUGGAACUGCAAUGGGCCAGCGAGAACAAGUUGAUGGCCAUUGGUGACCUUACGGCCAUGAACAACAAGACGGCUAUCGCCACGUACAGCACCAAGUCCGAAGAGUGGUCCGCUUUCCCUGGAGCAUCCCAAUCGGAAAUGCCCGGCAACGUCACCGUAUUCACUCCUGCCAGCCAGGAUCUCUCCAAGUUCUGGAUCGGAGGUACAGCUAGCAAUGGCUCUGCUUUCUUCCUGAGCUACGAUGGAUCUAAGUUCCAAUCGCCCGGCAAUUUGUUCGGCGAAGGCACUGUCAUCCGCGGCAUGGAUGUCCUGCCCAUCAGCAAGGACCACUCCGCGGCCUCAUUGUUGGACGACGACCAGACUUUGAUGAUCAUGGGCUCGCUUGUGAUCCCCAACUUUGGAAACGCAUCUGCGGCGUUCUACAACGGAACCGAUCUGACUCCCUUCAUCCUUUCAUCGCAAUCCGAUGGCCAAUCGGGUAGCAUGUCCAAGUUCUUCUCUCAGCACCAAAACCCCUUUAAGACCACCAGCAAACACCACUCCAACGGUAUUGCCGUGCUGGUUGCCUUCUGCUGUGCCCUUGGCUGUGUCUUCCUCAUUGUGCUGGCCGGUGUGAUUCUGAACAAGAUCCAGCGCCGCCGCCAGGGCUACGCAGCAGCACCCCAAACCUUUGGCACCGACCGACCCUCCGACAUGCAGCGUCUCCCUCCAGAGUACCUCUUCAACUCCCUCGGCCAGCCCAACCCCGUAUAUUCGACUAUAACCAAUGUCCUAAAUAGGCCAACGAAUACGAACAAAAAGACACGUCAUUGGACCAGGCACCUGACUCGGCCACUGUGGGGGCCCCGGGUCACCUGGUCUCCCCGCAAGAUCUCCAGGUUUUCAACCCCAUCGACUUCACUGCGUAUGUUGUCAGUCGCAUUACCAGUUAGGUAUGCGAUCACGAACUGCCUCACGUGUCGGACUCGAAAGCUGAAAUGCGACGAAGAAAAACCCGAAUGUUCGCAGUGCCGCAAAGGCGGCCGAGAAUGUCGCCCGAGCGAGGGCGUCGUUUUUCGCCACCAGCAGAACGCGUCGAUGAACCGCAACCUCAACGAAUCGCCCCAGGGCCGUGGGAAUCUGAACGGGUUUUAUUCAUAUAAAAACACCUUUGACAAGGAUAGCGUGUGGCUGGAUGUCCCAAAACAUGUCAUAUUCGUCGACAACUCCGACCCAUACGCCGAGGACCUGGAGGCCUCAUUAGCCGAGCCAGGUAAAGCCGCAAUGGCGCAUUCCCCGGAUCAGCGAUGGGGAAGCAACGGCUCGCGCACAAGUGAUGCCGAGACACAACGAUUGGAAGCCCUGUCAGCAGUUGCAACGCACGAUCGCUUUCCCUAUUCUCCCAUGGACCAUUCACUCUCCGACAGUACCUCCUAUCCCUCUCCAAACCAGCGCCGAAGCGCGAUUCGCCCCGCCUCUCCCUCCAUCUCGCUUUCUUCCACCAGCAACAACACCAACAUUAAUUUCCUCCUCAACCCUUCUCAUUCGAUGUCACCCCCCAUCGAUCCAAGUAUCCAACUCUCUGACCGAAGUACCGCCCUGCCAUCGAGACCCGCUGUAUCAAAACGAAGUAUGAGCCAGAUGAGCAUAAGCCAUAUGCCCGACGACAAUGCAGAAACAGAUUUCGAGACCGCCUUCUUCCUCCGACAUUAUUCGGAAGGACCGGGACUGUGGAUGGAUCUGUUCGACCUAGGCACGUAUUUCGCAUCAUACGUUCCAGUCCGAGCAAGGUCGAAUCCGCUCUUGAAAUAUGCAGCCUGCGCAUAUGCCGCGAAACAGCUCGGGCGAGUCAAAGGCGCAAAGGCACCGAUGGGCGGCGUAUGCACGCAGCAAGCUGCGAUGGAACUGUGGCCCGACAAAGACCCCGACUUCGCCUGGUACGGGGCCAAGUAUUAUGAAAAGGCAAUCCAGAUUCUGAUGAGGGAGCUGCAACCUAAUGCCGAGGGUCCACCUCCACUGAGCACGCCCGAGGCAUUCGGUCAAUGGCAGGCUUCCGAGCUCUCUGCAGAUACCAAUAAUCCACGUAAGCGCCGACGGCGAGUAUCGGACAGUCGGCUGUCGCAUGGGGUUCAUUCAGACGAGGUUUUGGCGGCAACGGCGAUUUUGUCUGUGUAUGAAUUCCUCGACGCGGCUGGUCCUGCGUGGAAUCGCCAUUUGAGUGGUGUCAAGUCGCUUCUCGAUGUUGCGGAAGUGGGCAUGAUGCCCCUCGAGCAGCGCUCCCCGGGUGAGAAUUCAUACCAGACUUCCACGAAGAAGUCGAGCCUUUCGAAGGCUCGGAGGGCGACGUUUUGGAAUUUCGCGAGACAGGACUAUCUAGCUGCAUUCAUCAAUGAGAGCCACACGAGGCUCAACACGGAUGACACGGUCCUCUGGACCGAGGCUGGACUGUUGCUCGACAAUGCUGGGUUCAUCCGACCCAGCAACACAGGUGCAGCCGGGUACCCCGAGGGCGAAGAGACGAUGAAGGAAGAUCUGGUCAGUAAUGGGUUGGUUUGGAUAAUGUCCAAGAUAGUCAACUUCAUCAGCUCCGGGGACAACGUGCACCUGACCGACAACCGAUCCAUGACUGGUCCGCUCGGGGUCACACAACAAGCCCUUCUGGAGCGUUGGUAUAGACUUGAAUCCGAGCUGGACGCAUGGUACAGCGGUGUUCCGGAGACGUUCCGCCCCUGUGCGCGAAUGGAUCCAUCCAAGCUCACACACCACCGUCCAGCUCACGAAAACGAAGACAUCUCCACACUUCAAGAGAUCUGGUUUAGUCUGCCCAUGUGUGCAUCGACUAUGCAACACUAUCACAUGGCCCGUAUCCUAUUAUUGAUCAACAAGCCGCAUGAGUCGACCAGUCGCCGGAGCACCAUCACGCUCCGGCUCCAGUCCUACCGCUCCAUCGAGGCCGACAUCGCCUUCCACAGCCGGGAGAUUGUCGGCAUUGGGCUCUCCCGCCCGGACGGUAGCGUUCGCAUCAACUCCCUGCAGCCGCUUUUCGUGGCCGGGCAGUGUCUCACCGAUGCCCGGGAGCGAAGAACGACAGUUCGCUUACUCCGGAGCAUCGAGUGUGAUCUCGGCUGGGCGACUGAAUACCGUGUUCAGCAGUUGAUGAAAGAAUGGGGCUGGGAUGAGAGCACAUCCCGAUCACCCAAGGCAGGCGCUUGA